GUGUCGUGGAUCCGGAAGAAAGACCUGCACGUGCUGACGAGCGGGAUCUUCGUGUACACGUCCGACCCCCGCUUCCGCAUGUUCCACGCGGAAGGCAGCGGCGACUGGACCCUGGAGAUCGUGAACGCGUCGGCGAGGGACGCCGGGACCUACGAGUGCCAGAUCAACACGGAGCCCAAGAAGAGCCUCACCUACCGCCUGAACGUGGCGCGAGGCACGGGCUCCCCCGCGACCGCGGUCGGGAUCCUGGGCCCGCGGGACCUGUACGUGAAGGAGAGUGAGACGGUGAACGUGACGUGCGCGAUCCACCACGCGGACUCCCGCGAACAUUCCGGCUCCGACGUCAGAUGGAAGAAGGACGACCAAACCCUUCUCCUCCUGACCUCGCCCGAUUCCUCCUCUCCUCCUUCCAUGCUGGUGGAAUCUCGAGAUCGGACUUCCAGUCUCUUGAUCCUCGACGCGAAACCACAAGAUUCCGGUCUCUAUUCGUGCAGCCUUCCUCUUCACGAAUCCUCUUCUCCCGCUUCCUCGUCCUCCACCGUCCAACUUCAUGUCAUCCAAGGCGAGAACUCAGCGGCGAUGCAGCGGGAGCAUCCCUCCACCCACGCCUCCAACGAUUCCACGUCUCGUCAUCUGUCAUCUCUCUUCUUCUCCCUCCUCGUUUUUUUCGGCUGUCAUCAAUAA